AAGAAGGAACUGCUCUUUACUGUAGCUUCACCUGGACAACCCCGGGGGCGAGGCCUCGGGACCUCACACUGAGUAUAAAGGAGGUGACGAUGUUUGUCACAACACUAACUCCAGAUCUCCAAGAGCAUCUGAUAUCUUCACAGCUGUCUCCUUAGACACAGAGAUGCUUUUCUCUGUCCUUCUUGUGCUGGGCGUCUCCCUGGUGCCAGCUCACUCCAGUCCAACAGAAAAAUAUCUAGGCAGUCCUCUCCUUCAACGCUGUUUUGAAGACGCAAAGAAACUCGUGGAUGAUGCGUACACAUACUCCAGGGAAGAGAGUCUGAGACGAGUCCGCAGAGACGUGGUGAGUCCUCACGAUGCUCUUCGUCUAAUGAAGCAGCCUCGCGGUGACACACGCUCAGCUGUGAGAUCUGCAGACUACAUGGCACAAACCCUUCGCCUGCUGCACGACAGGGUGCAUCAUGUCCACAAACGCUCACUCAACGCAACAGAUUUACUCUCUGAAGAGGACCUGAGAAGGCUCGCAAAUAUAACCGGAUGCUCAGCUCGAGUCAGUCUUCCACAAUGCCGCACCACGCCGAACCUUAACAAGUAUCGCACCAUCACCAGCAUCUGCAACAACCUAAAUAACCCUCGCAUCGGAGCCGCCAACACCCCCUUCACUCGUUGGCUCCCUGCUCAAUAUGACGACGGCAUCUCCCAACCGAAAGGCUUCCUGAAUCGAACAAUCAACAACUUCUUGCUCCCACUGGUGCGACAAGUGUCCAACAACAUCCUAAGCACAACUGACGCAGGUGUGGUCAGCGACACAGAAUACACUCACAUGGUGACGUUGUUUGGGCAGUGGAAUGACCACGAUCUCACCUUCACGCCGUUCUCCCCCAGCAUCCGCUCCUUCAGCAAUGGGGUGAACUGUGACGAGAGCUGUGAGCGAACUGAGCCAUGCAUCCCCAUCCCGAUUCCUCCUGGCGACCCUCGCUUGCCCUCCCGCCCAGACAGCUGCAUCCCAGCGUUCAGAUCUGCCCCUGUUUGUGGAACGGGAUACUCAGCCUACAACUUUGGCGGCGACCCCAACAAGAGAGAGCAGAUCAAUGCCCUGACAGCCUUCCUGGAUCUCAGCCAGGUGUACGGCUCUGAGGACAAGCUUGCCCUGUAUCUUCGCGACCUCGAAAAUAAUGACGGCCUGUUGCGCGUGAAUACAGAGUUCAGAGACAACAGGCGUGAGGUGCUGCCCUUCCACCCUUUGCAGGUGAACAUGUGUGCCACUCGCGCAAGAGUCACCAACGACUCAAAUGCCAGAGAAGUGCCCUGUUUCAUCGCAGGUGAUGUCCGCGUGGAUGAGAACAUCGCUCUGACGUCCAUUCACACACUGUUUGUGCGUGAGCAUAACCGGCUGGCUCGUGAACUGAAGAGACUUAACCCACAUUGGGACAGUGAGACACUCUACCAGGAAGCCCGCAAGAUCAUGGGUGCUUACACACAGUUGUUUGUGUUCAGGGACUAUCUGCCACACAUUGUCGGGGACGAUGCGAUGCGUAGACAGCUUGGCCGUUACCCUGGCUACAAUCCCAACGUUGACCCCAGCAUCUCCAAUGUCUUUGCAACAGCAGCUUAUCGCUUCGCCCACUUGGCCAUCCAACCAACCAUAUCCCGUCUGGAUGCAAACUACAGGGAGAAUCCUCAGUUCCCCAGUGUCCCCUUGUUCAAGGCCUUCUUCACGCCCUGGAGAAUCGUGUUUGAGGGUGGCAUUGACCCUGUGCUUCGUGGUUUGAUCGGACGUCCCGCUAAACUGAACACUCAAGAUCACAUGUUGGUGGAUGCUCUGAGGGAGAGGUUGUUCCAGUUUGUGCAGCAUCUGGCUCUGGACCUGGGCUCUCUCAACAUGCAGAGGGGACGCGAUCACGGCUUGCCUGGCUACAACGCCUGGCGCAGGUUCUGCGGGCUGUCACAGCCUAGGAACCAGGCAGAGCUCGCUCAGGUCCUGAACAACAGAGACCUGGCCCGCAGGCUCCUGCAGCUCUAUGGUACACCCGACAACAUUGACGUCUGGAUGGGAGGCGUAGCAGAGCCGUUUGUCCGUGGUGGCCGUGUAGGGCCUCUGUUCGCCUGCCUGAUUGCAUCACAAUUCCAGAGGAUCCGUCAGGGUGACAGGCUGUGGUACGAGAAACCAGGUGUCUUCACCCCCCAACAGAGAGCUGCUUUGUCCACUGCCACCCUGUCCAGGAUCAUCUGUGACAACACCGGUAUCAAUACCGUCCCCACUGAUGCCUUCAACGUCCUCUCAAACAGGAACCGGCUCGUCAACUGCUCCAGCCUCCGACGUCUGAACCUGUCAGCCUGGAGGGAGAGACCCUGCACGGGGAACUCAGGCGCGGGUGAUAGCUGUAAUGAAGUCAGUGGAACAGAGAAUGUGAACGAGUCGGACCCCCAGGACCAAGGGGGCCUCGAGGACAACGAGGUCCACUAGGACCCCCUGGCCCGAGAGGCCCUCCUGGACUGCCAGCACUCAACAUCAAUGCCUCACAACCACAAUCUGCCUUCUCAGUCCUUUUGGGCAAGUACUACCCAUCCUCAGAGAGAACCAUUCGUUUCCAUCAGGUCUUGUACA